UGAGACCCCCGACAGCAAAGCUCCGUCUGGAACCCGCGGUGGGGUUCCCGGCCGGGCUCCGGUGGGGCUCAUCCCGAGAACCGGUGGGAUGCGGGAUCGCGACCGGUGGGUUCCGGUGGGGCUCAGCCCGGGAACCUGCGGGAUGGGGGCCAGGCACCGGUGGGGUUCAUUCCGGGAAUCGGCGGGAUGCGGGACCGCAGCCGGGUUCCGGUGGGGCUCCAGCACCACCCAGCGCCCGCCGCGCCGCACGGACCCUCGGGGGCAAACCACGGGCGCCGCAGCCGCGGUCCGGCCGGGGCGGGCAGGGACGGAACAUCCCCGGGGAGGAGUACGGACACGGCCCCCUGUUUCCUGCCCGUACUCCUCCCCCGACUUCCCCGGGCCCCGUACAACCGGAGACACCCCGUCCGAUCCCUCACACUCAGCGCGGCCCGAGCCCGGCGGGACGUGCCCGGUGCGGCGGAGCAUGGAAACAGGGAAUUGAUGUGGCUGCUCUCUUCUCUCUGCUGGCAGAGGCAAAGGGUUCCUAGAAGAUGAGUGACUGGGAUUUCCUGCAAAAACUGCUGGACCAAGUCCAGGAGCACUCGACUGUGAUCGGGAAGAUCUGGCUCACUGUGCUCUUCAUCUUCCGCAUCCUCAUCCUGGGCUUGGCCGGGGAGUCUGUGUGGGGGGACGAGCAGUCGGAUUUCGUGUGUAACACCAAGCAGCCGGGCUGCACCAAUGUCUGCUAUGACAAAGCCUUCCCCAUCUCCCACAUCCGCUACUGGGUGCUCCAGUUCCUCUUUGUCAGCACUCCGACCCUGAUUUACCUGGGCCACUUUGUCUAUCUCUCCCGGAAGGAGGAGAAGCUGAAGAAGCAGGAGAGUGAGCUUCGGGCUAACCACAGCAAGGACCCAAAGAUCGAGCAGGCCCUGGCAGACGUGGAGAAGAAGAUAUCCAAGAUCUACAUGACAGAGAGUGGGCGGCUCAAGAUCCGAGGGGCGCUGAUGUGGACGUACAUCAUCAGCGUGAUCUGCAAGAGCAUCUUUGAGGCCGGUUUCCUCGUGGGCCAGUGGUACCUGUAUGGCUUCUCCAUGGUGCCCCGCUAUGUGUGCAAGAGGGACCCCUGCCCCCACCAGGUGGACUGCUUCAUUUCCCGCCCCACUGAGAAGAGCAUCUUCAUCAUCUUCAUGCUAGUGAUGGGCCUGAUCUCCUUAACCCUGAACCUCCUGGAGCUCUUCCACCUCUGCUGCAAGAACCUGCUUAGCAACAUCAAGAAGGCGUCGGGGCCAGCUGGACCGAGCCAGGACACCUUUGUGGAUGACAUGGUCUCGAGUCCCUACGCACCCAAGCACUACCCCUUCCUGCCCAUGGCCGAGAGCCACGCACCCUCCUACCUGACCUACAACAAGCUCUCCAGCGAGCAGAACUGGGCCAACUACCGCAAUGAGGAGAACCUGGCCCUGGCCAGUGGCAGGCCCCUGUCGGACCCCCACGCCCCCCAGCCUGCUGAAGCCUCUGCCCCAGAGGAGAAGCCAGGCAGCCGGCCCGGGAGCUCAGCCUCCAAAAAGCAAUACGUGUAGUGCCGGGCUGGCCCCGGCUGGCAGGGGGACCUUCCUUGGUCCCUCGUGCCUGCAAAGGUGCUGGCUGUGGGCAGGCAGCUGCCUCCUGCCUGGUGCUGUGCCAUGCACGUUUCCCUCUGGAGGCUCCAGAGACCUGCCUGUCCUGGGAUGGGAUGCUCGGGAGUGCGGCCGUGGAGCGCAGCCUCCGCUCUCUCCAGUUUUCCCCACAGACCCUGCAAGGAAGGAAACUGCGCAAAGUUCCCUGAGAUGCCGUGUCCUGUGUGCCUUGCCAUGGGAAAGAGAAAGCCCUGGAGCAACGCUGUGGAACAGGCUGUCCCCGAGGCCAUGGCUGGAGGCUGCUGGCCAUUGGGAGCUGUGGCUCGGCCGGACCCCAGAGCCAGGAGCGCAGCCAUGGGAAGCUGCUUGUCUCCAGCCUCCACACAGAGCAGGCUGAGCUGGUGACUGCCGGGAAAAGCUGGGCUGGGGCAGCGUUGACAGAUCCUGGCCACCAGCCCCAUCCCAUUCCAGUGGCCCUGGCACCUGCCCAGGGUUUGCUGCAGGAGCUGCCCCCUCCCCAUGGGACACAGAGGGGUUAAGCCAGCUCUGCUGUGACCAGCAAAUCCCAAUGGCUGCAGGGUCACUGUGGGUGACCCAGGAGUGCGAGUUCCUCCCCUCCCGGCCCUGGGCUCUUUCCCAUGGGAUGUGUGCCUUUAAGUUAUUUUUAACCUCCUGGCCUGAGCACGGAGCUUUCUGCCUUAAAGGUGCAGUUUGCAGGGACUUUGGGGAGCCGUGUCCAGCCUGGUCAUGUGCCUUGGAGCCCUGUGGGGUUUAGGGAGGAAUCAGCCCAGCACCUGUUAGUUUGGGGGUUAUUGGAUUUUUAUUACUUUGCACUAGUCAUCUCCUGCUGUGGGCUGAGGGGCCAGGGGGGAUGGAAGAACCACCUGUUGUCACGGGAGCUGUCACCCCGACUUCCCCAGCCCACUGAUGCUGUGAGAGGGGAUUGUCCUACUAUGACCAAGGGGCUGCAGGUCCUGUGUGACCCAGGUGUGAGUGUGGGAUGUGGGCACUGCUCUCAGCACUGUUUCCCUUCCCCUGGCAGACUCUGUGUUGCAUCUUGUUGAAUAAAGUUGGAUGAAUGAGAAAAGGUGAAGGUGGUGUG